UCCAGGCAGAACCGAACUAGCCGAAGGGGUUAAUAACAAAGAUGGCGGCCGAGGCGGAGUACGAGUCGGUUCUGUGUGUGAAGCCUGACGUCAGCGUGUAUCGAAUUCCACCGCGAGCGUCGAACCGCAGCGUCAGGGCGGCAGACUGGAAGCUGGACGCUCCUGAUUGGACGGGUCGGAUGAGGGUGACGGCCAGGGGCAAGGUUGCCUACAUUAAGCUAGAGGACAAGAUUUCAGGGGAGCUGUUUGCCCAAGCCCCAGUGGAACAGUAUCCCGGCGUAGCAGUAGAAACCGUCAGCGACUCGAGCCGCUACUUCGUUCUUCGGAUUCAGGACGACAGCGGACGUAGUGCGUUCAUUGGCGUCGGGUUCGGGGACCGGGGGGACGCUUUCGAUUUCAAUGUGGCUUUGCAGGAUCACUUCAAGUGGGUAAAGCAGGAUAACGAGUUGAGUAAGCAGGCUCUGGCUCCAGACUUGGGCCCUAAAUUAGACUUGGGCUUCAAAGAAGGCCAGACCAUCACUCUUAACAUUGGGCAAAGCAAAAGAAAAGAAAAGUCCCGUCCCCAAAGUUCAGGUGGGCUUGGACUCCUUCCACCUCCUCCCGGUGGCAAGAUAGCUCCGCCACCUUCAGCUACAUCUACCAAUCACAGCACAGAGCCAUUGACUGGAGGCAGUGACACAGGUUGUUUGUUAGACUUCGACAGCAAUAACUCGGACAGUCAGGUCCGGCCCACUGCUCCCACUACAAACACGGACCUGUGGGGGGAUUUUACAUCUGACAGUUUGUCAUCUCAGCCGGCGAAGCAGGAGUCUUCCUCCACCGACUGGGUCCAGUUUUGAGUGUGAUUACAUUCCUCUGUUUCACCAUAGUUAGCUGUCACAUACUGAAGCCCACAGUUAAAGGGAUGUAUUGGCUAAAACUGUAUGAAAUGCUGUUUUCUGUUAAAAUGGACAGAAGCUGAUUAGUUGCUAAAUUAGCUUCAAGCUGUGUGUUGUUUUUCAGUUUUUCAGUGUUUCUCCAAUAAACCUGCUUAUGAAAACGUUUUUCCACUGCGCAAAAUACCAGAACAUUUAGCAGCAGAAAACUGGGGCUGAGCUUUUGCUAUUGUUUGUUGAUCCAGUGCAGAAGGUUCCAGUUUUAUGGUUUUUGGUACCUGCUCAAGACUGGCACAGCAAGGAACCCAGACAGCAUAUAUUGGUCCACUGGCUUGAUAAGGUCAGGGCUGUUUGCCACUGCUGGUCCACCCUCGGACCACCCAGAUUAAUGUCCUGCAUACAAGCUCUACCUAGUUUUUAAUCUCCCCAAACAGAUUUAAAAUCCACAGAGACUUUUAAUUUAUUUUUUCUGAAGCUGACAACAAAUUAGAAAAUUCUUUACUCUUCCAGCUGAAGUCGAAGCUACCAAUCACUAUUACAUCACCAAUAAGUGCCAGUUGGUGUGUUGAUUGCUAUUUUUGGACAUAUUUCUAUGUAGAGAGUUCACUGAGGUAAGUUGGAUAGGAAGCUAACUUUAAUCCCGGAUCGCAAGAGGCUAGCAAGCCACUGUCGGCCUGCUGAUGGCAAAGCUCAGCGUUUUCCAUGCGGCCCACCGGUGGUUAAGCAGAGCAUUAGACACGAUGCCACUUUUCAUCGCUAAUUUUCCACACCCAGUCCAAUUUCCUUGUUCUUCCUGCAUUUCCUUCAUCCACCAUCCCUUGUAAAUUAUAGUUUAGUAAAUCAUUUUAACAGUAAUAUCAUAAAUAAAGCUGGUUAUAGAGCUGUAGCAGAGUGUCAGGAACAUUUUCAACAAAAUCAUUUUAUAUUAGGCUUUCACAUUUUUUUUUCUCUCUGUCAUAAUUGUCUUGGUUUAUUUUCCAAAAUAAAAGUCUGUGCACAUUUAAUAUCUAUUGGAGGAGUUUAAAAACUAGUUAGACCUUGUGUGCUGCACAAAUAUCUGGGUGGUCUGAGGAUGGAGCAGCAGUGGUAUUCAGUCAGCAGGGCAUCAACCUUAUCAAGCCAGUGGACCAAUACAUGUUUGCUAUCUGGGAUGCUGUUAGCAUUUAUGCUAUCCUCCACAGAUUCAGCAUUUUUGCUCAUAUUUUCACACCCUGACAGAGAAAAAUGGAGGAUUUGCUUGAUUCUACACAUGAUUAUGUGCAAUUGUAGUGUUGUUUGUGAGAGCGAGUGCAGAACAGUGCAUCGUUUCACGUUAGCCAAUAACUUAAGCCAACUAGCAAGCAACAUUAGCCAAAUAAGAUGCUUUAGAGCUGCAUGAAGCGACCAAAACAAAAAGAAAAUCAUUAAUCAUGGUUAUUUCGAUCUUUCAAGCAGGUGGAAAGUGAACUAGAACUAGAACUAGAACCGUGAGUUCUAUUGGUUCCCAUUUGGCUCAGGUCCUGUUUGUGAGCGUGUAAUGGAAAAACACUCAUACCACUGUAUUCAACUAUGUGACGUACUUGUCCAGUUUUAUAGAUGACAGUGGACCAUAAAGUGUCAGAAACCACAUAAGUAGCUGGACUCAGCUGGACUUGAUUUCAGAUUGACUCUACAUUUGAUUUUGGUCAGAUUAUUGCUUGAAAUUUAAGCCCAUUUCUCUCUCCUUCGCACACAUUCAGUCUUUCUCUGUUUUCUGGGUUGUAUGUUUUAUGUUCAAUUACAAGUCAGUGUAGUAAAUGUGAAAAAAUGUAUUUAUAUGACUUAAAAAGGGAUAUAAUAUAUAGAUUAUGUGUAUAUUUGUAAAUCUAUGUACUUUAACAGAAAUGAGUUGAUGUAGUUAGUCACAGCAACUUUCUUUUCUAAUAGUCACACAAAUUCUGCUGUUUCUUUCAAAGUUAUGACGCCCUCUAGUGGUGAAAAUGUGCAGUACUGUAUUUGAACAUGUGUUUGUGGUAAAACGCAGCUUCCAUAAUAAGAGCUGAGCUGUUUCCUGACUGUAUGCAAUCAGUCCUGUUAGCUGAGAACCAAGUCAGGCACUUAUUAAUGUUUUAAAGCACUGGAAAAGGUUCAUAGUGUUAUUGUUAUAUGUGUCACUCUACCGUUUAAAAGUUUGGAAUCACUUAUCAUAGUAAUCAUUUUUGUUGUUUUAGAAAGAGUAAUAACUUAUAUAACAAUGCAAACGAAACACCAAAUAUUUAAUUUAGUUAAAUUUAUUUUUAUUAAUAUUUCAAGAGUUUGCAGGAAAACCAGGAAGAUAUUAAAUUAUGAAUAAUAAACCGUAAUUAUUUCUCUAUUAUAUUAGAGUUUUCUGCCUUUGUAUUUCACAACUUCUGAAGCACAAAGUAUUCUGGAUAUUAAUUUUAUUAGAAUUCGUUCUGAAUGUUCAGUUUAUUAGAACUUUUUAGUUCAUUCUUGAUGUUAUUUUUAUUAGAACUUCAUUAGAAAUUUGGAUUUUUAAUCAUU